AUGGCGAGCAACAAUGGAGGGAAGGAAGAAAGAAGAAAGAGAAUUGCAGAGAGAGGUUCGGAUCGCAUGGCCCUGAUAACGGGUCGAAUCAACGCGCUUCCUCCAACACCAUCUCCCGGGUCCUCCCCAACACAUCGCAACGUUCCUCGACAUGCGCAGUCCAUGUCCCUUGCUCCCGGUUUCGAUUCCCCCUCAGAGGUGGACAAUGACCCCCCUCGCCGCCAGCGUCCUCAGUCAUUGUCUGCAUUUGGCGAUUACAACGAAAAUCGCACUGGCGGUGCUGAAGAUAAACGUAGUCAAUUUCUCUCUGCAUCAAGGCUAAAACAUCAGGGAGGAUUUAGGUAUUCACACUUGGAAAAUAUGAAGUUCCCAACUGAAGAUGAACCUCCCAAACAUGAUUCUGAUCCUAUUACAGAAGCAAACAAUCAAGUGGCUGAGGAUCAUGGUGCCAAAAUGAAACCACCUCCUGUCCCGACAAUAGCUAAAAAUCCGGCACAAGACACACAACAAUUAAAGCAACCUCCCAGGCAUAAGGCUGCAUUAUUCGCUUCAAGAGAGCUGAAUUACUGCAUUUUAGCUUCUGAGCCCACACGUGCUCUCAGUUCUCUGAUAAUAGCAUUGGUGGUAGUUUUUUAUUACUUGAUUUCAAAGAGUAUCUUAGCCUCAAGGCCUCUUUACAUACUUUUGUUAACUGAUGUUACAAUUGUGUUUGCUCGCCUCUUCGGUGGAAAGGCUAUUGUUGUGGAAGAAACUGAGGAAGAAAAGGGUAAAACUCCCGGAGAUGGACACAGUUGGGGAGAUGCUGUAAAGCUUUUGGAGAGGGGUUUAGUGGUUUACCAGGCCAUUAGAGGUGUUUUCAUAGAUUGCAGUAUUUAUCUAGUGGUUGUUGUAUGUUGCACCUCCUUGAUGUAG